GAACUCGAGGUUAUCACGUAACGUGGCAAAUGCGAGUUUCGCCAUUCCCAAGGCAAUGCAAUACAUUCUGUUAGAAGUUUCAACGCUCUCCUCUUCUUCUUCUUGUUUCUUUUUCAAGAUCCAUACCAUUUCAAAGUUGUAACUAAACUAUUCUCAACUCGAAGUCUAAAGUUGAUGGGAAUAAUAAGCAUUCAGACAGCGAUGGAUCUGAUCGUCGCUGGUUUCUCUCUGAUGAUCGGAUUUGGUAUCUUUGCUAUUAUCGCUUCUGUCCUCUGCUCCGUCGUUUUCAUCCACCACGUCAGAGACGCUCCUUCUGACCCCUCCCUUUUAAGUUCUCGCCGGAGAUGAAUAUUCCAAACCAGACUUGAAAGGGGAGAACAAGAAGAAACUCGCACAGAAUUUUCUUCUCUAGUUCUGCUUGUACGAGAAAUUGUAAUCGAAGUUAUGAAAAAAAUUACUGUAAUUUGUGAUUUACGUAAUUAAAUAAAUAAAACUUAGAUAAGUAAAAUUUGUUAUUCUACUAGUUUAUUAUUUCUCUGUUUACACGAGUGAAAUAUUCCACUAAUGUUCUUGUGAUAACAACAUCUCGGUCUGAUGAGACUUAUUGAGAUUAAUUAUGUUAAUUAUUACAAAUUCAAACGACAAAAGACUAAAAACUUCAUUAGCUAGUUAGAUUGUGGUGUCAUUGCAGCCUCUUGCACUUCAUAAUUAUCGUUGACAUUAUUGUGUUUGAACGUCUCGGGGAUCUUGUAAUCAACAGUUGAUGGUUGUUUUGCUGCUACGAGAGA